GAGUAUGAGAGACAAUCGGGGACAGAGAGAAAUCAAAAUGGGUUACACAAAGGUGCAGGGACAAGAUGCGGAAGAGGAGAAGAGCAUUGUUCCUCUUCUUACUCCAUACAAGAUGGGGAAAUUCAAUCUUUCUCAUAGAAUUGUUUUGGCUCCAUUAACCAGACAGAGAUCCUUCAACAAUGUGCCUCAGCCGCAUGCCAUCUUAUAUUACUCUCAGAGAACCACCAAAGGAGGUCUUCUCAUAGCUGAAGCCACUGGAAUUUCUGAUACUGCUCAAGGUUAUCCAGAUUCCCCUGGUAUAUGGACAAAGGAGCAAGUUGAAGCGUGGAAACCCAUUGUAGAUGCUGUUCAUGCCAAAGGUGGUAUUUUCUUUUGUCAGAUUUUGCAUGUGGGAAGGGUUUCAAAUGGAGGUUUUCAGCCUAAUGGGCAAGCUCCAAUCUCUAGCACGGACAAGCCAUUGACGCCUCAACUUAGUGCUAAUGCUCUUGAUGUUGAACAAUUCUCACCUCCACGGCGGCUAAAGACGGAGGAAAUCCUUCAAAUUGUCAAUGAUUUUAGGCUUGCUGCAAGGAACGCUAUGGAAGCUGGUUUUGAUGGAGUGGAGAUUCAUGGAGCUCAUGGCUACCUAAUUGACCAGUUUCUUAAAGACCAAGUCAAUGACCGAACAGACCAAUAUGGCGGAUCUUUGGAAAAUCGUUGCCUAUUCGCUCUAGAAGUAGUCGAAGCAGUUGUUAAUGAGGUAGGAGCAGAUAGAGUUGGGAUAAGGCUCUCUCCCUUUGCAGACUAUAUGGAAUCAGGAGACUCAAAUCCAAGAGCGCUAGGCCUUCAUAUGGUUGAAUCCUUGAACAAAUAUGGAAUUCUGUACUGCCACAUGGUUGAGCCCAGGAUGAAAACACUAGGAGAAAAAAGUGAUAUCCCCGAAAGCCUUCUACCCAUGAGAGAGGCUUUCAAGGGUACUUUCAUUUCGGCGGGUGGCUAUGGCCGGGAAGAUGGGAACAAUGCAGUGGCAACGAACCGUACAGAUCUAGUCGCUUUUGGGCGUCUGUUCUUGGCAAACCCAGAUUUGCCUAGGAGAUUUCAGCUCAAUGCUCCUCUCAACAAGUACAAUAGGAACACCGUCUACACCCCGGACCCUGUGAUUGGUUACACUGAUUAUCCAUAUCUUGAAACUUCUGCUUAAAAGAGAGGGAAAAAUAAUAAAUAAAAAAGAAAUAAAUAAAUGAAAGUUCUCGCAUAUGAGCUUUAGCAUAUGAUAGUGAACAUAGAGUUGCAUACGGAAUGUUGGAUGGGAAUGGAGCGAGUGGAACCAGACGGAAAAUGGGCUCACAUGUGGCUGU